AUGUACGAAAAUAGAUCAUUUAGACAAUGGGUAUCAGACGUAGGUAGUAAUUUAUUCUUUAUAACGCCAGAGAUGCACCAGAGUAACGGUCAGGCUGAGAGAUAUUGCAGAACAGUUCUUAACAUGAUUCGUGUGGAGGUAAAUUUCAGAAACGAAAAUUGGUCAGAAGUUUUGUGGAAACUGCAGCUCACCCUGAACGUUACGAAACAAAAGUCCACUCAAUAUUCACCUUUAUAUUUGUUAAUUGGUAGCGAUGCUGUGACGCCCGUCAUUCGUUCCGUUGUACGCGAUGUGGCUCUAGAAGGAACAAGUGCCAACAGAGAAACCUUACGCGAGCUUGCCCGACAAAGAGCUUCUCAACUGCUGGACAAAAACCGAAAACAGCAGGACACUCGAGUAAAUGAACGGCGCAAACCCCCGCGUACUUUCCAUGAAAACGACGUGGUCUUCGUGCAUAAGAAUAGCCAAUCUGUUGGAAAGCUGGAUUCUGGUAUGCGUGGCCCGUACAAAAUAGUGCGUGCGCUGCCACAUGGACGUUAUGAACUGAAGCUUCUUUCUGGCUCACUUGGGAAGACCACGGAAGCUGCUGCCGAAUUUAUAAGUGCGUGGCACGGAGAGUGGACGCCGGAUGUGUGCACCGCAUUUUUCGAGUGUGAUGAGAAUAGCUCUGAGGAAGGUAUUGUCGCCGGUCCAUCACACCACCAUGACGACAUAGUACCUCUAGACGGACCUAUUAAUGCGGGCGAGGACGCUCCGCCGUCAGGAGAGGCCGUGUUAGAAGAUGAUGAUGACAUUGGAGGCGUGGCCUAAGUGACGUCAAGGAUGGUGUGAUGUCGGGAGGGCGCGUGGCGAGAUGUUGUUGGAGGGGCGCGUUUGGGCUCGAGGCGCGUUGGCGCAAGGCAUCGCUCUCUUUUGCUUGCGACAGUCGGGACGGACGGACGUUCACAUCGUUGCACAAUCGUUGUAUUUUAUUAUUCAAAGUUAUUGUUGUCAAAGUUUAGUUGUUGUCAAGAUUUAGUUGCAUUUUGUUAACCUUAGUUAAUUUACAUUGUUGGUUAUAAUUAAAGUGAUUUCUGUCUAGGUUA